CCUCCGACGAUUAGACAUCGCCGGACAACCAACGCAUGGAUCAGCUCCCUCUUCUUGGGAGCGGCCCCAGAGCUGCAGCCAUUACCGGCAAUGCAUUAGCUCCCUCCUUCGUCGCGAUGGAUCAGCACGCAGCCUCUACAUCCACUUCACCACCGGAAAAGGCGCCGCCGGCGACGCCGUUCCGGGCCUCGAAACACCGUGGAAAGUCCAAUUACAACAGGAGAUCAUCUGACACGAUCAAGGCCAAGAUCAUGUCGCACCCUCUCUAUCCGGCUCUCCUCGGAGCCUUCAUAGACUGCCGGAGAGUCGGAGCGCCGCCCGAAGUUGUCGGUCGGCUCUCCUCCCUCGUCGACGAGCUCCAGCCGAGUUCAGAUGACAUGCAGGAACAGCCAGCGGACCCAGAACUCGACCAGUUUCAUGGUAAUAUGAUUAGCUUCUUAGCUGGCUGAAUUAUUUGCAUACAUGGAUCUAGCGAUAUGCUUUUGUGUGUAUGUGCAGGAGACCUACCGUCCGUGAUAUGCUGGUGGUGUACAGUCAGGAGCUCACGAGGCAAAUCCAAGAAGCCAGUGAGUUGUUGAGGAGCGCUGAGGCCCAUAUCGACUCGUUUGCAGUAGGUGUGUGCAUACUGAUUACCUUUGCGGGUUUUCAUGGUAAACUUAUCCUGAUUGGCAAGGACAAAUACCCGAUUAGCCAACCAAUUAGAAUCACUGCAUUUAAAUUGUUGCC